AUGUCGCCGUGGCUGAAGUUUCUGUUGAUAUCCACGACACUGGGAUAUUUUGGAUAUGCUGUGGAGGAUGGCAGCAGCAGCGUCAGCCUAACAAGGAGCAAGAUCUGGGGACCAGGCCUGCAGGCUGACUUCUUGAUGCCCGUGAGAUAUUUUUACAUCCAGCUGGUUAAACACGAUGGUUCCAACUUGACUGAUUCUGUGGGCCAGGGUACCAUCAGAGCAUCUGUGUCUACAGUGUCUGGGGCUAGAGUCCGUAUUUGGACACAGGUCUUAGAUCGACACGAUGGCACAUACGUUGUAAGGUUCCGCCCCUUUUCCUCCGCCACUGACCUUCUGAUUAGUGUAGAGCUGAAUGGGCGUCACAUUGCAGAAUCUCCAUACCACAUCAAGGGUGAUGUCUAUCAUGAAACAUGCAACUGCCCUCAUCAAACUGCUGACCAGUGGGCAUCGUCUGUUGGUUGUCCAGCAAGCUACCUACAGAUUGAGCGUGACCUUGAACCGUUUAGUGACAUUGACAUGGUGCAUGUGGCCAGGGAAGCAGUGGAGAGGUUUAAAGAUGAAGGUCGUCACAGCAUCUGUCACUACAAGGUUAUUAACAAUAAGGUGUACAGAAAAUGUUACGGAGAACACAUUGGCUUUAAUAUGUUUGCUGAUGCAAUUCUUCUGUCCUUGACACGUAAGAUGUUUCUAUCAGAUGUAGAAUUUUUUAUCAACUUGGGCGACUGGCCCUUAGAAAAUAAACCACUGAAAGAUAAACCUAUUCCGAUAUUUUCUUGGUGUGGGUCGAAGCAGACUUAUGACAUUGUUCUACCUACUUACGACAUCACAGAAGCUUCUCUGGAGAUGAUGAACAGAGUUUCACUGGAUAUAUUCUCUGUGCAAGCCAACACGGGGCCUAAAUGGGAGAACAAGACAAACAAAGUCUUCUGGCGUGGCCGGGACAGUCGGAAAGAGAGGCUGCAGCUGGUUGAGAUGUCACUGAAACAUCCAGACCUCAUCGAUGCCAGACUCACCAAUAUGUUCUUUUUUCCAAAGAACAGCAGCAAGUAUGGUGAACUGGCUGAGCAUGUUUCAUUCUUUGAUUUCUUCCAGUACAAAUAUCAGCUGAACAUUGAUGGCACAGUGGCAGCCUACAGGUUGCCAUACUUACUUGCAGGAGAUGCAGCCAUCUUCAAGCAGGAGUCAGACUAUUAUGAACAUUUUUAUUCAGAACUUGAGCCAAAUGUUCACUACAUUCCCAUCAGACGGGAUCUCAGUGAUUUGCUGGAGAAGAUACAGUGGGCAAGAGAACAUGAUGAUGAGGUUCGGAAGGUUGCUGAAAAUGGUCAGGUAUUUGCAAGGAAAAAUCUGACACCAGCAGACAUCUUAUGUUACCAUGUACGGGCAUUUGAGAGUUUUGCCAAACAUUUGAAAAAGAAACCUACCGAAACCAGAGGAUUUGAACUGGUAGAGCAGCCCAGUGAUAAAGAAACUUGUCUGUGUCCCAACAAUAGAUCAAAGACAUUACACAGGGAUCUAUGA